AGUUUACACUAACAGUUAAGAAAGAGAUCAAACUCCAGAAAAUUGAAACACUCCAUCUUCUAGUUCUGCUUCGUCUUCUUCUUCCUCUAAUCAAAUCCGACCUGAAAACCCUAACCCUAAAACUUCCACCUUUCUCAAAAACCCAAAUCAAAGACGGUUGCUUUACUCACACCCAUUGACCCAAUUCUCCUCUGCUCUGUUCAUCAGGGACCAAGAUCCCUCAUUUGACCCAUCACCAGAAACCCUAAUCCCCACCAAUACCCACAUCCCCAAUUCAAUUGAUUAUAUGCCCAAACUUGAAGACUCAACUCAACUCAGUUAUGGGAGCUGAGAAGAAGAAAUGGCUCCUCACACUCUUCACCGCCACAUUGCUCAGCCUCUUCCUCCUCCUCUUCUCCUCCAUCUCCGCCUUCACCGCCCCAAAGCCCUUUCCCUCAAUCGUCCAGCACGGCGCCCACUCGCCGCCGGCGUUUGCUUACUACAUCUACGGCGGCCGCGGCGACCGGGCGCGGAUCUUCCGGCUGCUGCUCGCCGUGUACCACCCCAGGAAUAGGUACCUGCUGCAUCUGACGGCGGAGGAGACGGAGGAGGAGCGGAGGAGGCUGGCGUCGGCGGUGAAGGGGGUGGCGGCGGUGAGGGCGUUUGGGAAUGUGGAUGUGGUGGGGAAAGCUGAUCGGAUCACGUAUAUGGGGUCGUCGAAUUUGGCGACGACGUUGAGGGCGGCGGCGAUUUUGUUGAGGGUGGACAGUGGUUGGGACUGGUUUGUUACUUUGAGUGCUGCGGACUACCCACUUGUGACUCAGGACGACCUGUCUCAUGUCUUCUCCCUUGUAAGACGAGAUCUCAAUUUUAUUGACCACACCAGUGACCUUGGAUGGAAAGAGUUGCAUAGGAUCCAGCCAAUUGUAGUUGAUCCAGGAAUCUACCUAGCCAGGAGGGCCCAAAUUUUUCAUGCUACAGAGAAGCGGAAAACACCUGAUGCUUUUAAAAUAUUCACAGGUUCCCCGUGGUUUGUCCUGAGCAGAUCCUUUCUGGAAUUCUGCAUUCUUGGCUGGGAUAAUCUUCCCCGGACAUUGCUCAUGUACUUUACGAAUGUGAUUCUGUCAGAGGAAGGAUAUUUCCAUUCUGUCAUAUGCAAUUCACCAGAGUUUAAGAACACAACUGUGAACAAUGAUUUAAGAUACAUGAUCUGGGAUACUCCCCCAAAAAUGGAACCCCACUUCCUCAAUACAUCAGUUUAUGAUCAAAUGGUCCAGAGUGGAGCUGCUUUUGGCCGACAGUUCCAGAAGGAUGAUGCAGUGUUGGACAUGGUUGAUGAAAAGAUCCUCAAGCGAGGGCGAAAUCGAGCUGCCCCAGGAGCAUGGUGCUCCGGCUGGAAAAGCUGGUCGAUGGAUCCUUGUUCUCAAUGGGGGGAUGCAAAUAUCAUGAAGCCUGGACCCCAAGCAAAGAAGUUUGAAGAAUCUAUUACUAACCUUCUCGAUGACUGGAGUUCACAAUCAAAUCAGUGUAAAUGACGAUACUUGAAUCGAAAAGUAGAUCUUCAGACUUCUGCUGCGGUUUCAUCUGAUUCCAAACUCAGACAUUUAGCUUGGAAGACUGCCAACAGCUGAAAUGCAUUCAUUCUUUUGCCACUGAGCUCACGUUCUUUUCUUCUUUUUGAGCCCCCCCCCCCCCCCCCCCAGUCACAGCUUGACUAUUGUUUAUAACAGGGGCGUAGUAACAUAGUGAAAUCAGUCGGGGUGUUGGACUAUACUCACACUGUUGUAUCAUCACAGCCGCUAUAAUUCAUGGUAGAACCUUCUCUUGUAAUAAGGGGGUUUCUCCCCUCUUUCGUACUGCCUUUCUACGUCGGAUUCUAUUUAGGAACAGUAUGAUUAUUGGAGCAC